GUGGAUUCAAAAGUUAACCGACAUUUGAUCUGUCAACGUGCAGCAGUAACAACGACAAGGAAAGUUCCUGUUUCGGCAAAUAAUAUUUUACUCAUUUUUGAGAAUUUGUGCCCGUGUUUGUGUUCCUGUGUUUCUCAGUGCAUAAAUCAUAAUUGCCUUGGCGGUAAUUUGAGUGUAAUCCGCGAAUAGUUGCAAACACUUUUCUGUUCCAAAGAUUGACAACUGGACGCCGUUUCUUCAACUUACAGACACAAGUCACAGAAAAAAGGAGGCACGUGCCCGCGACACGUCUAAGACAAUGAAUAUGCUAAAUACUCAAAUGCUCCUGCUGGCGCUAUACUGCCUAGGAUACGUUUGCUGUUCACCGGCCAUCGGGGCGCAAGAGCCCAGCAGUCAAAUUGGAAAUGAUGGCGAUGGCGAAAACGAUAUGCUGAUGAGUGCCGUCGAGGAUGGACCAGAGAAUGGUGGUGAUAUCGAUAAAAGGGUGGAACGCUAUGCCUUUGGGUUGGGACGACGUGCCUAUAUGUACACCAAUGGAGGCGCUGGAAUGAAACGUCUGCCAGUGUAUAACUUUGGACUGGGCAAGCGAUCAAGACCAUACUCUUUCGGUCUAGGCAAACGCAAUGAUUAUGACUACGAUCAGGAUAAUGAGAUUGACUAUAGAGCGCAGCCAUUAAGCUUUAUGGGUGCUGCAGGUAGGAGCGGCCGACAGUACAAGCGAACAACGCGUCCACAACCCUUCAACUUUGGUUUGGGUAGGCGUUAAGGCUCCUCACACCAAAACACAAAAACAGAACACAGAUGAUAUACAAAUCACUAUUCCAGCAGUAUGCCAUUUGUGAUGGUCAAAGUAAGCUUUGACCAUUACUGAAAAUUGUUGUUAGAUGGCUUUGAAUUGCACCACAGUCAACCAUAAAUUGAAUUCGAAAACUAAGGUACAACAGAAAAGAUAUCUUUAAAUCCAGUAUAUUAAUAUGAAAGAAUACCAAUUUAAUUCAAUUCAGUUUAUUAGUAUGAACGAAUACCGAUUAAAGCAAGUUCUUCAUUUGACGCGCAGUAUUCUUGUUUUAGAUGCAAGAGAUGGAGCCAAGAAAAUUGAAAAACAAAAAAUUAGAAAAAAAAAAAAAAAAAAAAACAUAAAUAAACAAAAACAAUUGGCAUUUGCAAUUAAAUGAUGACAGAAUAUAUAAACGUACAUAACUAUUCAAUUAUAUACUACAUAUUCGAUCUAAUCAUAUUUUAAAAAAUACAUUUUAAUGGGGCAUAAU